AUGGACCGAGAUCCUCUUCAUGACAGUGUCCUUGAGGACGCCACUGCCGCUGAAGGGGCCGAGGAAGAGGAUGCUGAGAGUGACAAUGUGUCGGCUCCUACUUCACCAAUGACGGCGGCAGAACGGGCACAUCCGAUCACUGCACCUCCGCUCCAUGGCCCACCAAAUGGACCUCCUCCACCUCGGCCAGUUAAUGCUCCGCCGACCAUGGCCCACUUCCGAGCUCGCAGGACUGAACCCAGUGCAGGAUCCUCGGCCUCAGCUGGUGUGGAUUCAAUGGGCAUUGCUGCGACUUGGCCUACACGGGUUCCGCAGCAUGCAGCCGAGGGAGCUCCAAGGUGGCAUCGCACUCUGGCGGCUAACGUCCUCCACCAUCUCCAAUUGACUGGACCGGCCUAUGUGCGAGCCCCUGACUAUGCCGAGGUUGCCACAUGGAGGUCUCUCCUGAUCAGCCUCAGGGAGGCUACGCCGGCUGAGGAAUAUAUGCUCGAGCCAACCAACCCUCAGGACCUUCGCAAUCCCCUCUUUGAUCCACCGGAUGAUGAUGAAGACCAUGACGAUCAAGAGGUGGACGGGAUGGAACAGGCACAGGAAUCAGAGGGGCCUACGCAUGACCCCAACACCUCGGACUCUGACUCCAACGAGGCGAGCGAAGUUGCUGCUGUACGCCCAUCCUCUGCUCCCUUGGCUAUGACCUCCACUACCACUACAUUGCCACCUGUGCCUGCCCACCUGGAUCCUGCUGAGCACACCGGCCUGGGACCUGAUGCUGCCGGCAUGCUGUAUGAGUCGGAGGACGGGUUGGUGUGUUUUGACCUGGGACAGGCUACUGAGUGCCUACAAGCCACUCGAGAAAGGCUCCACAUGUAUCGUGAGGACCACCGCCGCAACCGGCAUCGGGAGUCAUCGACCCAGGCAGCAGGACCAGAAAGUCGAUCCAGAUCGCGAUCACCCGCUCCGGAUUCAAGCACCAGGUGGUCUCUUUUGGUCCUCAUCCCCAUUCCCUCUUCCCUUAGGACCCUAGUUACGUCCAAUCAUGCCCAAGCUGCAUUGCCUGGCUCUGCAUACCCCCCAGGUGACGCAAGAAGGUUGAUUGGGCUGCCUCAUGGCACUCACACGGCGACUCAGCCCUGUGCUGGAGGAAAGGUGAGCCUCUCAGCCAAAGCCGGCACUGCCCUUCGUCCCGUUAGCACCUCCGUAGGUGCUUCCGCCACUGAUUCGGCAUCCACCACAUCUCGUACACUAUGCCGCCCGGGUCCCAAGUCCCGGGGACUGCUGUCCCUGUACCUGCGUGGAAUCCUACUUCUUACGUCUUUGCAAUCCGCUCGUGCAGGUCAGCAGCCAGAAGCGAGGGUUGCAACCCUUGCCGCCGAGGUUGCGGGAGGUGCAACUCUUUCACAUAACCUCCCUGCUUCAUCACCGAAGCCAGGCGGCUUCCCUGCCACGACUCGCCCAGCUCUCACCAUGCCUUAUUCUAGAAGUGCAAAGCGGGCAUAUCAGAGAGCAUGCAACCGUGCUAUAAAUUUUGGACACACUCGCUACAGAGGUCGCACAUUGCUGGCCUCCCAAGUUCCGGCUGAGCUUCGCCCAGUUGGACCCUCAGGCAACCGCCAUGCCCACCCUAGACCACGGCCAUCGCCUUGUUCACAGGACUCUGGACUUCACAUUAUGUCUUGGAACGCGGGCGGUCUCGGAGCUGGCGGGGACCUCUACUCGGAGUUGAUGAAUUUCCUCACCAACUCAACCCUAGACCUGGCAGUGAUCCAGGAGACUCGCUGGACGGAGUGCCUCGAGUUUACUUCAGGCCCGUGGACGUGCCUACACUCAGGCUGUCGCGCACAUAAACAGGGUGGAGUCCUGGUCUUGGUUCACUCUAGAGUAACAGCUCCUUCGCGCAUUCGGUAUGAGCACCUGCUCAGGGGACGAUUGAUUCACGUGAGAGUACCGCUGCCCGGGGCAGAUCACAGGCACAUUCAUAUUCUUGCGACUUAUCAGAAGACACACGACCCCCGCAAUGCACAAGCUCUGCCUCUACGCCGGCAGGUGUGGAAUGCACUACACAAGUGCUUGCGUAAUCUUCCAGCCAGAGACCAAGUGGUCCUCAUAGGGGACUUCAACACCACGCUCCGUGAGAUGACCCCACACGUCGGCAGGUUCGUGGGAGCACCGCUGGCUCACCCGCCGGAGGACAUCCCAGACUUUGAGGCACUGCUGACCACCUACAACCUGGUCGCACUGAACACGUGGUACCCCUCGCCAGGUGGACAGUCCACCUUUCAUUGGGGAGAGGCUCAGUCUCAGAUUGACUACAUCAUAGUCCGGAGAGGCGAUGCACCCACUGUGUCGCGCAAGGUCAGGCUUCUUCGGGGCACGCCGCUGGGUGCCUCCAGACGAAGUGGUGCAUAUCAUGUGCCCCUUGCCACCCGCCUCCCAACUUCCAAACCCUACUGGCUCAAUGUUGGUAAACCUCGUGUGCCCAAAGCCGACCAAGAAGCCCUCCUUGCUGCCCUAGAUAAUCCCUGUGACCUUGUCAGCCUUGGAAAAAUCGCAGGUAUCAGGUUGGAAGUAAGCCGCCACAUCGCCAGACACUCAACCUCCUCCUCUAUACUUGCAGGAAUCCAAUCUCUGCACACCGUCAUGCAUCAGGCAUGCUGCCACUACUUCCCGCCCAAUGCUCCGAAGGCUGGUGCACCACCUUGGCAAACCGGUGCCGUGCAACAAGGCGUCAAGGACAUGUGGCAAAAAUGGAGAGCUUUCAAACAGGUGCGCAAGCAAGGCCUCCGAGGCUGGUUCCAGGCCUGGAAGGCUUGGAAAGCCUACAAUAAACAGUACCAAGAGCACCAGCGCAGAUGUAAAGCCGCUCGCAAAUCUGUUCUCUUGACGGCCAUGCAGGAAGCCGAGCAACAUGCCCUCAAGCACAACUCCAGGGGGAUCUACCAGAUCGUCAAAAGGCUUGCGCCCAAACAAGCACGUCGGCAAAUGCAACUACGAAGCUCAGAUGGUCAGAUGCUCUCGCCCAGCGAGGAACUGGAACUGCUGAGGGAACACUUCCAGACUCGGUUCACUGCGUCUCAACCUAUGGAUGCAUCGCUGGCAGACCUUCACUGGCCCUGCGCCCAGCAUCCCCUCCUAGAAGCACAACCCCUGUGCCAGGCCAUCCAAUCAGUGCCCCGCCGCAAAGCUGUCCCACAGGGCCACCCACCUAGUGCAUCUUGGAGACUGUGUGCUGAUUUGCUGGCUCCGUGGCUGAGCUCCCACCUCAAUGAGGCCUGGUGCCAAACUGCGAUCCAGGUGCCACGUUGCUGGUCCGAUGUGGAUCUAGCCCUAGUUCCCAAACCCGAAAAAUCCGGGCGAGAACCGAAAGACUACAGGCCAAUUGGUCUGGCAUGCCCGUUGGGGAAGAAGCUACUUGCUGCACUGGUCCAACCACAUGUGGCUGGCCUCACUGCUCAGAUGCAAAGCUAUCCUCAGUAUGCAUACCAAGCGGGUAGAUCGCAGCUUACAGCCCUCCGGCGAGUGUUCAGCCACUGUGCUCAGGUCCGACUUGAACUUCAAAAGCACCGCAAAGACCUUCAUCAGCGCUUUGCCGGUGCUGUCCCUGUGCCCCUGUUUGGUGCAAUGAUGGUGACCAUUGACCUCACGCAGGCCUUCGACAAGAUGCCCCGCUCCAAGCUGUAUGCAGGCAUGCGCCACCUUGCUCUUCCUGAUGAUCUGAUACAUGUGCUAAUGCAGUGGCAUGCUGGAAUCCACUACACCAUUCAUCACGACGAGGCCUCUCGUACCUUCAGGGCCACGCAGGGCAUCCGUCAGGGCUGCUCGGUCGCUCCCCUACUAUGGCUGAUCUUCUCACAUGAAGUGAACAGAGCACUUGCGAACCAAGUUGGUUACGAUCUUGUCUGUAGGCUGCUGACCGUGUUCGCAGACGACUAUCAUGUCGCAGACUCCUUUCACUCUCUAGUUGAAUUUGAGGCGCUCCUCAGUGUGCUCGGUGUCCUGUUUCGGAUCUUAGCAGCUUUUGGCAUGCAGGUCUCGGACAGCAAAAGCAGAAUGGUGCUUGCCCUACGUGGCUCACUCAGCAACACGAUCCGCCGCAAGUACGUGCGCCCCAAUCCCAAUGGUGAAGGCAAAGUUCUUCGCAUCCACACUUCGACAGGCCAGCUCAAUCUACCUUUGGUAGACAGCUUCGUCUACCUGGGUGCACGUGUCAGCUAUGGUCCCUUUGAGAACCAGACCCUGGAGCACAGGCUGGCCAAAGGUGAUGCCACUUACCAUCGGCUGGGCAAGGUCCUUAAAGGGAGACACCACCUCUCCACCAGACAAAGGGUCCACUUGUGGAGGUCCUGUGUGUGGUCCGCCGUCUCCUACAGCCUCACAGCUUGUGGCCUCACCGAGGCUGGCUUGCAACGCCUCAAUACGGCCAUGGUUAAACAACUACGUGCGAUCCUACGCCUACCAGCGCACAUCACUUUGACAACCAAUGCACAGGUAUGUCAGGCAGCAGGGCUUCUACUGCCCCAUCAACAGCUUCUCGCUCUGCUGGACACGGAGGGUCACCGCCUUGAAUCCGAGCCUCCCAGUGACUUAAUCUGUCACCCCAAGUCGGAUUGGUGGAAGCAGGUCCGCACCAGCUUCCUGUACGAAGUCCCGGCCAGCUUGACCCGUCUGCCUGAGCAGACCCAAAAGGCCUGGAGCUGUCCACACUGUGGACUCCACUACCCCAGUCGUGCCACUCUUAAGACACACAUUGCCAAAAAGCAUGCUGAUGUUGUGCAGGCGGAUCGACCUACCUUUUCGAGGUUGGAGGAUGCAGUGAACGGCCUACCUCAGUGCCGGCACUGUCUGAAAAAAUUCCCUACCUGGCAAUUGCUCUCCAGACAUAUCGAGGGAAAUCACUGUGCAGAUCGUGUGCAAGACCCUGCAGCUAGGGAGGUUGUGGAAACAAGUCCGAACCAGCCCGAGCUUCUUUCUGCCGAUGUUCAGAAGGGUGGCUCCGAAGUGGCUCUGGCACACCAUGCACAUAUGCAAGCUCUGCUGCUUAGGUAUGGACGCAACAUGAUAUUGCAUCUCCAGCACAGACAGUGUUAUCAUCAGCAUUGCCUCAUUUGUGGACAAUGGACGGCCACGUCCAAGGUGAUGAAGACGCAUUAUAAAGGGACACAUCCCCAACUUCACUCCCUUGCCUCCCAAGCGACUAAGCUGUGCCAAUCCUUCCCCUCGGGUGGAACUCCAUGCCAGUACUGCGGUGUCACAGCGGAGUCGGAACAACCACACAAGGCAGUGCGACUCAACAACCUCGGCAAGCGGGGCAGGCCUCAGGAGCCUCUGCCAAACAAUCCACCCUCCAAUCCCUCUGGCUGGCAAGGGGGCGGACACAGCAAGGGCAAAGGUCGCGGAGGCCAGAGAGGGCAAACAGCUCUCAUCAAGGCAAUGGGCCGGCUUCUCAUCCGCCAGGAGACCAGUCUACAGGUGCUCGAACAGAAUUCUGCUUGGAACAUGUACCUUCAGCCGGGUCAGCAGGGACCACUACCCCUACUGUUCAAGACGUCCGAGGCCUACAGGCAAGAAGCGCAGACCAAACAUAUGGAGAUGCCUCUUCGAGCACAACUGCUGCACACUCUGUUUCAGACGGUGCUUCAAUGUGUACAGGCCCUCGGCACGGAUCAGGAACAGCAAAAGGCAGCCCAGGACCGUGGCUGGCUCACGAGCGAAGGCAAGUGGGCUUAUCAGAGAUGGGACCCUGCGGCACAGGCCCUGAUCGUGGAUCCAGAUCGGGCCCCCUUGGAGCAUCAGGAGCUGAUAGCCCUACUAGGGGCCAUGGCGGACGCGGUGAAGCGCAAGGACGUGAUCCACAAGUUCAAUGCCACACACACCGUGGCUGCGGAGCAGACAGGUCCCUCCAAGUUUAUGUUGGAGGUGGGGCUACGAGCCAUGGGAGUGGCAGAGGUCUGGACCGGGCUGGAGAAACUCCAGAGCCUAUCAGCUCUGCAGUUGUGCGGAGUCCAGCUCCGCCGAGAUGGACUCCAAAGGUGCUCUUUGGCCAACGACAUCCAGAAGAUGCUGGGAGAGUUUUGA